UACAUCAACAUAUAUUCCUCUCAAAAAAAGAACAUCAUGGAAUUCCUUCAUCCAUUUUCAACAACUCUUGCAACCGGAAUCUUGGCCCUUUUACUCUUUCUUUGGGGUUUCUUGGGGAUAUCAAGGCAACGAAAUGCCAAAAACAAGAAAAUGCCACCCCAAGCUGGAGGCACUUGGCCUAUUAUUGGCCACCUCCACCGAUUAGCAGGCCCAAAACCGCCCCACAAAAUCUUCGGCGAAAUGGCUGACAAGUAUGGUCCUGUUUUCACUAUCAAAUUGGGUGUUCAUCGCACUUUGAUCGUUAGUAGUUCGGAGAUGGCCAAAGAAUGCCUCACUACCAACGAUAAAUCCUUUGCUACACGUCCCAAAUCAAUUGCCAUGGAUAUCUUGGGCUACAACUACUCCAUGUUUGCCUUCAGCCCUUAUGGUCCCUAUUGGCGCCACGCUCGCAAGGUUGCCACACUAGAGCUUUUAUCAAACCACAGGCUCGAGAUGUUCAAACCUGUUCGAGAGGCCGAGAUGAGGACAUGGAUAAAAGAAAUACAUCAAACAUGGGAGAAUAACAAAGAUAGUUCCCAUAAAGCCUUGUUGGAGAUGAAGAGAUGGUUUGGUGACCUCACCUUGAAUAUGAUUUUCAAGGUAGUUAUUGGUAAGCGAUACGUGGAUUAUUCGCAAAAAGAUGAAGAGAAGGAUCAAUGGAAAGCCUCAGUACGAGAAUUCUUUGAUCUCAUCGGCAAGUUCUUGAUUUCUGAUUCACUUCCAUUUCUGAGGUGGUUGGAUAUCGGAGGACAAGAAAAGGCCAUGAAGAAGACGGCUGGAGAGCUUGACCUUGUUGUUGAAGGAUGGUUAGAAGAGCAUAAGAAGAAAAGAGCUAUCGGAAAGACAAAUGAAGGAGAAGACUUCAUGGAUGUAAUGCUAUCAACUCUCAACAAGGCAGAGCUGCCCACAGAUACUGAUGCUGAUACAGUCAAUAAAGCUACGUGCUUGGCUCUAAUAUUGGCGGGCUCAGAUACAACGGCGGUUACUUUAACAUGGGCGCUUUCUCUUCUUCUCAACAACCCUGAAGCAUUGAAAAAGGCUCAACAUGAACUAGACACCAUCAUAGGUAGAGAGAGGCAAGUGGCUGAAUCGGAUAUGAAGAACCUAACCUAUCUUAAUGCCAUCAUCAAGGAAACGCUACGUUUAUACCCAGCCGGACCAUUGCUAGUGCCCCAUGAGUCCAUGGAAGAUUGCACAGUUGGUGGCUACCACAUCCCGAAAGGCACAACACUCUUUGUUAAUGCAUCAAAGAUCCAAAGGGACUCUCGAGUCUGGUCAGAUCCCCACGAGUUUCGACCCGAAAGGUUUCUGACGAGCCACAAAGAUGUUGAUGUUAGGGGGCAAAGCUUUGAAUUGAUACCAUUUGGAAGUGGGAGAAGAACGUGCCCAGGAGUGUCUUUUGCUCUUCACGUUUUGCAACUCACUCUUGCUACUUUCCUGCAUGGAUUUGAGGUUGCAGUUCCAGGGAAUGAAGAGGUUGAUAUGACAGAAGGUUCAGGGAUAGCUAACCUUAAAGCCGCUCCACUUGAAAUCCUCUUAUCUCCUCGUCUUCCUUGUCAGCUGUAUGGAUGAACCAACAUCGGGAAGCUUCGAAGCCUUUAAUUAAAUGUCUUUAGUUUGCUACAUAGUACUAUAUAUUUUAAUAUCGAUUGAUAACCUGAGCCAAUAUUUGGCCAUUUGUUUUUAGUUAUUCUGCUUUGCAUGCAUCAUAUAUUUCAAUAAAUCUUUAUCAAUAAA